UGAAGCAUUGUCAUUGUGCCAAGAAAACUCAACACCCUUUGCAAAAGAAAAAAGAGCUGCCAUUCUUAUCUGUCUUGGAGUGUCUUCCAUCUGUUCCAACAAUGGCUCAAGACCGCCUCCCUUCUUGCUCUAUUUCACAGCUGCUGCUCGCUGCUAUGUUAUUGAUGAGCUGCAGCACAGUCCUGGCAGGGGCUCGACACCUUUUGCAGGAACCGUUGCCGAAGAUACCAGAGCUUCCUAAGCCUGAGUUGCCACCACUUCCCGAUUUGCCAAAGCCUGAGCUGCCAACUUUGCCGAAGACUGAACUGCCACCAUUACCAGAAAUCCCGACUUUGCCUAAGCCUGAAAUCCCGACUGUGCCGAAUCCAGAAAUGCCAAAAUUGCCUACUCUUCCUCAUCUCCCUGACCUUCCAAAGCCCCCAGUGCCAACCAUCCCAACACUGCCCAAGGAUAUUCCCAUGAUCCCUACUCACUCAUCCAACAAUCCCUGAACUGUUACUCUUUGAGCAUCAUUCUCUUAUUCAAUGCCUGCUUGCUUGGCUUGGACUUUAGUAGAAUUCAUUCCGACACUUUCUUUGUGUUCCGCUGAUCUAUAUUGUCUCUUGUGUUAGUUUGUUUCCAUGCACCAGAUAUUGGUACUCCUGUUGGACUGUACUACAUAUAUUGUCUUUGGUUGAUUGUAAUGUUCAUUUGAGUUUGGUUUA